UUUCAUGAAAGUGGGGGAACAACAUCUCCAGUGGCAUACAAUGGUAUUGAGCCAGACACAACAGGCUGUGAAGUUGCUCCAAGAAUUCUGGAGUGUGGAGCAGGAGAAGGAGUGUUGAGUGAUGGAGACAUUGGACCUACAGACUCAGUGGAUGCCAGUGAUCAAGACCAGGUCACCAGGUUCUUUGUCUGGCAUAGAGACAAUGGCUCUGUGGCACUCUCUUUCUCUGCCACUGAUAUCUCUACUGUGUCCUACAUUGAAGUCUACUUCUUGAGUCUUCCCUCUGCCAAAAUAGGACCACCUGAGACCACCAGAAUUAUUACUGAUUUCAGUCCAAGAGUUGAAGAUACUUUCGUCCCUCAUAACUGUUCUUUCUCCUCUUCUACAAAUACACUGACCAGGAAUACAUUUAUUCUACCACAAAAUCCUGAUAAUCUCUAUAUCAUAUUCAAUUUCGACGAAGACACUGACUGGCUGUUCAUUAUGAUAGUGGAGGUAGAGUCCUCAGGACUGGUGGUGAGAGAAGGAAGUGAGGUGAUUGUUCUGACAUGUGAGGUGUAUGGCUAUCCUCGAGACUCCUCACCUCCCAAGUGGAGCUCUCCUGGGAGAAACCUGGAGACCCGCAGAUUCAUCACUACUCUCAGUGACACUGGUCCCCUGAGUGGUGGCAGUGUGUCCUCCACUGACAAGGUCACUGUGUCUCAACUCACUAUCUACUGUGCAUCUGAGACAGACAAUGGAGAGUACACAUGUAACUCAGAAUCAGGAGCCGACAGCAAUGAGUCUCUGACUGGUGUAGUGGUGGGACUGGCUGUAUUGCUCCUCGUCUCAGUGACUAUCAACCUACUGUUAGCUGCCCACUGGAUGUACACACUGAGAGGGAGGGGAACAAAGAGUGGUGGAGAGGGUCCUGGGAACCAGGAACAGCUCUAUGAGGUGGUCGAUGGUGAUCAGCAACUCAAUGCAGCACGAGAUGAGGUCUCUCUGAAAACCAAUGAGGCUUACGGGAAGAUCAGCACCCAGAACACGACCUCUGCACCCAAACACUGCACUUUGACUCAGAUUUGUAAAUAUGUAACAUAGAGCAUGCAUGCAUGUACGUGUAAGGAUGUGAUGUCACUCUAUAAUUGUGUGCGUAUAAAUACCCAUGUCUUUGUAGUAAGUAUGAGAGC